AUGGAUCCUUCGGACCAAACAAUCGCUCCAAAACCUGAGCAACAAAACACCAAAGAGUUUGCAGCCAAGAUAGCCUUGAAAACUUCUCUACCAGACACAGAGACAAUUCCCACAACUUUAGUCUCUGGAUCUCAACAAGUUGGGACACCAAGGAUUUUGCCGGAGAUAUUGUACCAAAUCAUCGACUGUCUCGAUUGGUCCGAUGAGCUCCCGACAAUAAUUUGUGUCUCCCUAACAGCAAAGGUUUGCUACGACUAUCUAGCAUUUCUCAGAAGACAAGGGGGGGUGGGGGGGUGGUACAAGAUGGCCUCUAGAUCAGUGAUUGGAGCUUGCACCUCUAUUAAAGAACUGGGUUGGAGGCGACUAAAGAGUUGCCGGUCCGAAUACCGUCGCGGCCCUAUAAUAUCAGGAAACACCAAACGUUUUGUUCCUCUCCCGUGCGGUUUACGGCGAUACAUGAGAGGAAGACGACACAUGGACUAUCACAACAUGAAUAUGCCGUUCAAGUACAAUUUUGUUACCCACGCACCAUACUUCCACCUCCACUCCGCAACAAAGUCGACUGGUACGAAGACAUGGCACACUUCAUAG